AUGAGUAAACAUGUUUAUGGUACUAAAUCUAAUCCAACUGAUGUUCAAAUAAAAACAUGGUCUGUACAACGAGCACUUGAUCCAUUAGUUGUCGAGGUAACUUCAUUAAUAUCGGAUCAAUCAUCAAGCACAAAAAAAGGUCGUUCAAAGCGAGCUCAUCUAUUAGUUGAGAAUGUUAUUCAUGCCACAGAGAAUUUUAUGAAGAAAGUUGGUGAAAUUGCUAAUGAAAAUCCUGAUAUGCGUAAUGAUUUAUUACAAAAUAUGAAAGAAGUCAAACGAACAGGUGAUGAAAUGGUUAUUUUAUCAAAAGAAUUUGCUGAUGAUCCAAGUUCAAAAGUAAAACGUGAAAAAAUGAUAACUGCUGCACGAGCUCUACUUACAUCAGUUACACAUUUACUUAUCAUAGCCGAUCUUGUUGAUGUACAAUCAAUUUUAAAAUCUAUUCGUUUAGUUGAAGAUGAUUUACAACAUAUUCGUGAUGCAGCAAAUCAAGAAGAACUAAAUCAUUUCUAUCAACAAUAUGGAAAAGAUAUUAAUGAUCUAAAUCAUCAUGCACAACGACGACAACAAGAUUUAAUCGAUCGUAUUGAACAAGAAAAUUUAGCAGCUGCACGUGCUACAUUAGUACGUUCAUCAAUGAUGUUAUUUACUGCAGCAAAAACGUAUCUACGCCAUCCAGAAAUUCCUUCUGCACGUGAAAAUCGUGAUUUUGUCUAUAAUCAAAUAUGUCACGCUGUAAAUGUUAUUUCCUCGAUUUCACGAGGACAAUACGAACCAUCAACAUAUAGUUCAUCAUUGAAUACAAUUGGAGAUUUAACUAGAGCAUUAAAUGAGUUCGAUAAUAUUAUUAUGAUGAAACCCCAAAAAUUCAAUGAACAAGUUAUUCGACCACAACUUGAAGGACGUCUCGAAGAUAUUAUAUCAGGUGCAGCUCUACUUGCCGAUUCAUUGUCAACAAGAGAUGACCGUCGCGAUAGAAUCGUACAAGAAUGUAAUUCAGUUCGACAAGCUUUACAAGAAUUACUUGAUGAAUAUAUUAAAUAUUCGAAAAAGAAAAGUUCAGAUGAAAAUGUUAAUGAGAAAGUUCAAUCUAUGCAAGCAAAAACUCGUGAUUUACGAAGACAACUUCGAAAAGCGGUUGUCGAUCAUGUUAGUGAUGCAUUUGUGGCUACAAAUGUUCCACUUCUUGCUUUAAUUGAUGCAGCACGACGUGGAGAUCCUCAAUUAGUUGAAGAAACCGCCCAGAUAUUUAUUGAACAUGCAACUAAAUUAAUUGAAGUUGCCAAUGUUGUAUGUUCAAUGUCAGACUCAGUUGAAGGUAUUAAAUUAGUUCGUUUAACUACAAAACAAAUCGAAAAUCUUACACCACAAGUUGUCAAUGCUGCACGAAUCCUCGCUGCUCGUUCGACAUCAAAAUUAGCUCUUGAAAAUAUGGAUGUAUUUCGUGAUACAUGGGAAAGAAAUGUUCGUUUAUUAACUGACGCUGUCGAUGAGAUAACAAGAAUCGAAGAUUUUCUUGCUAUUUCGGAAAAUCAUAUACUUGAAGAUAUUAAUACAUGUAUUCAAGCGAUGGUUGAACGAAAGCCUGAUCGUGUUGAUCUCACGGCAGGAGCUAUUCGUGGACGAUCAAUGCGUGUCAUAGAUGUAGUUACGGCUGAAAUGGAAAAAUAUGAACCAGGAGAGUAUACUCAAGCUGUUAUGGAAAGUGUUCGUAUUCUUCGAGAUCAAAUUGUACCGGGCUUUGCAGAAAGAAUUCAAACAGCGAUUGAUGUUCUUCGAAUGAAAUCAGGAUAUGAUAAUAGAACGUAUGAAUUAAGUGAACAAGAAAUUAUUGAAAUGUCAAGUAGCGUUUAUCAUGCUAUACGAGACAUUCGUAAUAGUGUAUUAAUGAAUCCGGAUCUUGAAUGGCCGAGUGAUGAUGAAGAAGGUUUAAAUGAUGAAAUUUAUGCCCAAUCUCAAACAUCAAGUCAUGGACCAUCAUCAGAUAGUCAGCAAAUCGAUCUCGAAAUGUAUCCAGGCAAAACUGAUAAUCCUAGUCGAGAUAUGAUGAGACGAUUACCAAAAGAAGAACGUGAACAAAUCGAAAUGCAAGUUGAAGGUUUUAAAAAAACGAAACGUGAUUUUGAACGUGAAGUUCUUAAAUGGGAUGAUCGUGGUAAUGAUAUAAUUGUUCUUGCGAAAAAGAUGUGUAUGAUUAUGAUGGAAAUGACGGAUUUUACUCGCGGCCGAGGACCAUUACGCACAACAAUGGACGUUAUCAAUGCAGCGAAAAUGAUAUCCGAAUGUGGAUCAAAAUUAAAUAAAUUAGCCAAAGAUGUUGCAGCUCAAUGCGUUGAAUCUCAAUCAAAAUCUGAUCUUGUUGCUUAUGUUGAUCGUAUUACUCUCUAUUGUCAUCAGUUGGACAUAACUAGUAAAGUUAAAGCUGAUGUGCAAAAUAUUAGUGGCGAAUUAAUUGUUAGCGGGCUUGAUAGUGCAACUUCAUUGAUAACUGCUGCAAAAAAUUUGAUGAAUGCUGUUGUACUUACAGUUAAAGCAUCGUAUAUUGCAUCGACGAAAUAUCGCAAUAAAUCGGGAAAUAAAGAGCCGAUUGUUCAAUGGAAAAUGCGUUUACCCGAGAAGAAACCAUUGGUAUUAUUUGAUCGACAGAAUGAAUUAGAUUCACGGAUCAGAAAAGGUUCGGCUAAGACACGACUCGAACCAUUACAUGUUCUUAGUCAAUUCCAGAAUUAA